AACUCAGAAACACUCACUAGUGUAUACUGAGGUUGGGCCAAUGCAUUAGUUUGGCAAACCGAUUGUUUAAACGUGCGUUACAGACGCUGUAUGUAAACUUCCUCUGCUGCCGAGGGUGGGUGGUGGUGACAGUGGUCGCUAACCGGUCGCUUAAGCCAUUGUUGCCUUGACAAGGUAAGAGGUUGUAACGCGCCCUCUGGGCAGCGCUGCUUCCUGGGGGGCAGACAGAAACACCCGCAGCGACCCGCUGUCGGAAAAAGGGCCGAGACGGCCCGGCCGGCCCGGGGCUAGCCGGUUAGCAUGCUAACUUCAGGUGAUGGAAAUAGAAGCGAAACGGGAGUUCACACUGGCGUUGCCCUCCACCGACGGAGACAGCUCUUGGCGGGUAAAGGAGUGAAGUUUGAUGCUGAACGCACAACGUUUCCUCUACACUGAGCUACUUUAGAUCGGCUAUGGCUUCAUCCGUGAGCGGCACAGAGGAGGUCCGGGUGUCGGCGUUGACGCCCCUGAAGUUGGUGGGACUGGUGUGCGUCUUUCUCGCGCUGUGCCUGGAUGUCGGGGCCAUGUUGAGCCCGGCGUGGGUCACGGCGGAUGACCAGUACUACCUGUCCCUGUGGGUGUCCUGCUGGAAGCCCGUCAGCUCCGUGGAGUGGUCCUGCAACAGCACGCUGGCCAAGGACUGGCAGAUCGCCACGCUGGCUCUGCUGUUAGGGGGGGCGGCACUCACCCUGCUCUCCUUCCUCGUGGCGCUGGUGUCCCUGUGCUUCGGCUCCAGGAGCCAGUGCUACAAGCCUGUGGCUGUCAUGCUGUUCACUGCAGUGGUGCUUCAGGUGUGCAGCUUGGUCCUGUUCCCCAUUAAAUUCAUAGAGACGGUCAGUCUGAGGGUGUAUCAUGAGUUUAACUGGGGCUAUGGCCUGGCCUGGGGAUCCACCAUUUUCUCUUUUGGAGGCGCCAUCCUCUAUUGCCUCAACCCGAAGAACUAUGAAGACUACUACUAAAAUAUGUGAGCAACGAAGAGAAACUAGAACUCACUGUUUCACCAGUGUCCUCUCAGCACUCAUAGGAACUUUCUGUCUGUUACACAGUGCGCAACCACAGACUACAAAAAUAGGACAGACAAAUACUUAUUGUUAGUUUUGGGGCUGAAAACGAGCUCUUCCAUUUGAUACUGUGAAGUUGUUGUCUCAAAGACUAUCCCUCACUUAUUGGACUGAAGCCCCAUGCUCUCUCAGGGGUUCUGGCAAACCCGGCUGUGAGAAAGAAAUACAAAAACCAACCAGUUUAAUUUGGGACAGAAUGUCACCAUUCAGAUAAGUAUGCGUCCCCUUUAAGUGGAACUCCAGUAGGUCUUAGAUUUGGGCUGAAAAUCUGGAGGGAACAGACGGAUACACUGACCCCAUACCAGGACGAAUUGGUGGACUAAUUAACCAAUCAGAGCAGAGGAGGCAAGGAAUGAUGUAAACUCAGGCCAAUCAGGGAAUUAAUGGAUCCAAGGAGGAAAAUGUCUCAUUGAAGUCAUAUCCUGAGGAUAACAAAGUGAGGAAGACAGGGCAGACCUAAGGAAAUGCAACAUGCUACAUUACCCCAGAGAUAAACUACAUCUGGAACUUGGCCUAGUCUUCUUGCUCCAGUAGAGUGUAAUAGAUUAGUGAAAACAUGUCAUGAAGCUCCCAUGGACUGGCUUUAUUUUCCUCUGCCCUAUUUGGGUCAAUUAAAAGGGUCAGAGAUACUGAUAAUAAAGAGGAGCUACCUACAGACAGUAAAAACAUUCCACAGGCACCUAACAAAUGAUAUCAGACUGGUGAGAGAAAUACUUACAGGUUAAUGAACAGCAGUCAGUUAUAUGUAAACAGUGGAAAAACCUUUGGCCGCUAAUGUAAGACUGCAGCAUAACCCCAGUUAUACCUGCUUUUUGAUAAAAUUGUUGUAUUAUAUGUAAGUAUGUGCAGUAAGCAAAAGUAAUAUUCAUCCCAAGCAGACCAGUGGGAAGGAAGAUGGCAAAUGACCAUGUCUGCCGAGUGUGUGCGCAUGUCGGCGUGAUCAUACCACACGGCAUGUGCUCACAAACCUCCCCAUGUGAUGCCUCCUUAUCUUCCCACUCUGUAAGAAAUGCUUUCAGUAGAUAAGACACCAUUAAGAAUACGACAGUUUUUAGAUAGGGAGAGGGUAUAGAAGGAAAUCUCUGUAGUUACCGAAAAAGUCAGUAUAUUUAGUUUCUGCAUCUUAGUUAAGAUCCCCAAUACAGUACUUAAGGAAAUGCCAGAGUGCAAUGUGCUGUGGAUGAGUAGUGUCACGGGAUUGAUUACAUUGAAAAUGGAAAGUUUCAAACCUGAAGGACAGUGCAGUCAUGAGGUGAGACUUGUGGGGGCAGAAGACUGACACUCAUGUGCUCUGGUAAUACCCAUCUUCUCAAGCCUCAUUCAAGGUGGUCAGAAACUUUUUCAAUUCCCUCUUGCAACGUUAGUGAAAGUGAGAGUGAGAGUGUGUGUUUGCACGUGUGUGUGUGUGUGCGCGUGCGUGCAUGCCACUACCAUUUACUGCUGUAUUUGAUUCCCACUGGUUUGAUUACUAACAUAAUAAACAUUU